AUGGCGUCCUUCGGCAAUCCCACCCAGAUCUUUGCGGACGAUGUAGUUGAAGAAAAGGGCGAGAACGCCCGUCUGUCCGCCUUCGUCGGUGCCAUCGCCGUCGGUGACUUGGUGAAGAGCACAUUAGGACCCAAGGGAAUGGACAAGAUCCUUCAGUCAGCGUCGACGGGCGAAAUCCUCGUAACGAAUGACGGUGCCACAAUCCUCAAGGCUAUUGCCCUCGAUAACGCCGCUGCCAAGGUACUGGUGAACAUCUCCAAGGUGCAGGACGACGAAGUCGGUGACGGUACGACGUCGGUGACGGUGUUGGCGGCGGAGCUGCUGCGUGAGGCAGAGAAACUCGUGAACCGCAAGAUCCAUCCCCAGACCAUUAUUGAUGGCUACCGGAUAGCCAGCAAGGCGGCUCUGGAAGCGCUCGAGAAAGUUGCCGUUGACCGGAGCAAGGACAUGGAGGCGUUCCGGAACGAUCUGCACGCCAUUGCCCGCACAACCCUCAGCUCCAAGGUCCUGGCCCAGGACCGCGACCACUUCGCUACCCUUGCCUGCGAUGCUGUGCUUCGCCUCCGUGGCUCGACCGAUCUCAGCCACAUCCAGAUCAUCAAGAAGGCCGGUGGUAAGCUGAUGGACUCGUACCUCGACGAGGGGUUCAUCCUCGACAAGAAGAUCGGUGUCAACCAGCCCAAGCGCCUGGAGAAUGCCAAGAUCCUGGUCGCCAACACGGCCAUGGACACAGACAAAGUGAAGAUCUUCGGUGCGCGGGUCAAGGUCGAAUCAACAGGCAAGCUGGCGGAGUUGGAGAAGGCCGAGCGCGAGAAGAUGAGGGCCAAGGUGGAGAAGAUCAAGUCUCACGGCAUCAACUGCUUCGUCAACCGUCAGCUCAUCUACAACUGGCCCGAACAGCUUUUCACCGAGGCCGGUAUCAUGACCAUCGAGCAUGCCGACUUCGACGGCAUCGAGCGCUUGGCCCUGGUGACCGGCGGUGAGAUCGCCUCCACCUUCGACCACCCUGAGCAGGUCAAGCUCGGCCACUGUGAUGUGAUCGAGGAAGUGAUCAUCGGCGAAGACACCCUCAUCAAGUUCUCGGGCGUGGCUGCCGGUCAGGCAUGCACCAUCGUGCUGCGCGGUGCGACCGAGCAGCUGCUGGAUGAGGCGGAGCGGUCCCUGCACGAUGCUCUGGCCGUGCUCUCUCAGACCAUCAAGGAUCCCCGGGUCACGCUGGGUGGUGGCUGCGCGGAGAUGGUCAUGUCCAAGGCGGUCGAGCAAGCGGCCCAAAACACCACCGGCAAGAAGCAGCUGGCAGUGGAUUCUUUCUCGUUCGCACUUCGACAGCUGCCUACGAUCCUGGCCGACAACGCCGGUUUGGAUUCGAGCGAUCUGGUCACCCGCCUGCGCCAGGCCAUCAACAACGGCAUGACUAGCUCAGGUCUGGACCUGCUCACCCCUGGCGGUGGCAUUGCCGACAUGCGCGAAUUGGGUGUUGUGGAGAGCUACAAGUUGAAGAAGGCUGUUGUUUCUUCGGCGUCGGAGGCUGCAGAGCUUCUCCUACGUGUCGACAACAUCAUUCGGGCUGCUCCUCGCCGACGUGAGCGUAUGUAG